AGCCAAUGAGUUCAGAACCCGAAUAGGACGUGGAGCAAGAGUGGGUCAAGUUCCCGCGUCUCGCUGGAGCUGUCAGCUCAGCAAAGAGAGGACCGGAAAGGGCGGGUCACGCUCCGGCUCCGCAGGGUUUAACCGGCUCCUUCACUCCGUGGUUUUGGUUCCAAGUCGGCCCUAUAAAAUGGAAGGACCAAGGGCGGGGUAACAAGGAGAACUACAUUUCCCAGCAGGCCGCGGACGCGGGGUCUUCUGCCUUUCUUCCCGGCGCGUGUGUAGUGGUUGCUGGGGUUCAGGGUGCAGGCGACCGCAUGGAUUCCUGCGGCCGGUGGCGGAACCUGCCCAGCGGGCCUAGCCUAAAGCACUUGACCGAUCCCUCUUACGGGAUCCCACGGGAACAGCAAAAACCGGCGCUGCAGGAGCUGACGCGGGCGCAUGUCGAGUCCUUCAACUACGCGGUGCGCGAGGGACUCAGUCACGCGGUGCAGGCUAUACCUCCCUUCGAAUUUGCUUUCAAAGAUGAACGCAUCUCCCUUACUAUUGUGGAUGCUGUCAUCAGUCCCCCCACAGUUCCCAAGGGGAGCAUCUGCAAAGAGCUCAAUGUCUACCCAGCAGAAUGCCGGGGCCGAAGGAGCACCUACAGGGGAAAGUUGACAGCUGAUAUCAGCUGGGCAGUGAAUGGAAUCACAAAAGGAGUCAUUAAACAAUUUCUUGGCUAUGUCCCCAUCAUGGUGAAGUCCAAGCUCUGCAACUUAUACAACCUUCCUCCUAAAGCCCUCAUUAAGCAUCAUGAGGAAGCAGAGGAAAUGGGAGGCUAUUUUAUAAUCAAUGGCAUUGAAAAAGUCAUCCGAAUGUUGAUUAUGCCUAGGAGGAAUUUCCCCAUUGCAAUGAUACGACCAAAAUGGAAAACCAGAGGCCCUGGCUAUACACACUUUGGAGUUUCAAUGCACUGUGUGCAGGAAGAACAUUCUGCUGUCAACAUGAAUCUUCACUAUUUAGAAAAUGGCACAGUUAUGUUGAACUUCAUUUACCGGAAAGAACUGUUUUUCCUUCCUUUGGGAUUUGCACUUAAGGCACUUGUCAACUUCUCCGAUUAUCAGAUUUUUCAGGAGCUCAUCAAAGGAAAAGAGGAUGAUUCUUUCUUCAGAAAUUCAGUCUCUCAGAUGUUACGGAUUGUAGCAGAAGAGGGUUGUUCCACACAAAAACAAGUCCUUCAUUAUCUAGGUGAACGCUUCAGAGUAAAGCUCAAUCUUCCUGACUGGUAUCCAAAUGAACAAGCUGCAGAGUUUCUGUUCAACCAGUGCAUCUGUAUCCACUUGAAAUCCAAUACUGAAAAGUUUUAUAUACUUUGUUUCAUGACCCGGAAGCUUUUUGCUUUAGCUAAAGGAGAGUGCAUGGAAGAAAAUCCUGAUAGUUUGGUGAAUCAGGAAGUCCUUACUCCUGGUCAGCUCUUCCUCAUGUAUCUGAAGGAAAAAAUGGAAAGUUGGUUAGUGUCCAUUAAACUAGCUAUAGAUAAGAGAUCUCAGAAGACUAAUGUGUCCAUUAACAGUGAAAAUUUGAUGAAGAUUUUUAAUCUGGGAACAGACCUUACCAAACCAUUUGAAUAUCUUCUUGCAACUGGGAAUCUACGUUCUAAAACAGGUCUUGGCUUCCUGCAAGAUUCUGGACUUUGCGUUGUGGCUGACAAGCUGAACUUCAUACGCUAUCUCUCCCACUUCCGCUGUGUGCACAGAGGUGCUGAUUUUGCCAAGAUGAGGACCACCACAGUGCGCAGGCUGCUGCCAGAGUCCUGGGGUUUUCUUUGUCCCGUGCACACCCCAGAUGGGGAGCCCUGUGGCCUGAUGAACCACUUAACUGCCACCUGUGAGGUUGUCACACAGUUUGUGUACACCGCGUCUAUUCCAGCCUUGCUCUGCAACCUGGGUGUCACCCCGGUGGACGGAGCGCCGCACCGACCCUACCGCGCGUGCUACCCUGUCCUGCUGGACGGCGUGAUGGUCGGCUGGGUGGCCGAGGAGCUAGCGCCCGGCGUCGCCGAUGCUGUCCGACAGUUCAAGGUGUUGAGAGAAAAAAGAAUUCCUCCCUGGAUGGAGGUGGCCCUCAUCCCCAUGACAGGAAAACCUGGCCUGUACCCAGGGUUGUUCCUUUUCACCACUCCUUGUAGACUGAUACGACCUGUGCAGAAUUUGGAGCUGGGUAAAGAAGAGCUAAUUGGAACUAUGGAACAGCUCUUCAUGAACAUAGCUAUCUUUGAGGAUGAGGUUUUUGCUGGAGUUACCACCCACCAAGAGCUCUUUCCUCACAGCCUGCUGAGUGUUAUUGCCAACUUCAUCCCGUUCUCCGAUCACAACCAGAGUCCGCGGAACAUGUACCAGUGCCAGAUGGGUAAACAAACCAUGGGUUUUCCUCUUCUCACUUACCAAGACAGAUCAGAUAAUAAACUGUAUCGUCUUCAGACCCCACAGAGCCCUUUAGUGAGACCUUACAUGUAUGACUAUUAUGACAUGGAUAACUAUCCAAUUGGGACAAAUGCCAUCGUUGCUGUUAUUUCUUACACUGGCUAUGAUAUGGAGGAUGCUAUGAUUGUGAAUAAGGCGUCUUGGGAACGAGGCUUUGCCCAUGGAAGUGUCUACAAGUCUGAGUUCAUAGAUCUCUCUGAAAAAAUUAAACAAGGAGAUGAUAGCCUGGUGUUUGGAAUCAAACCUGGUGACCCGCGGGUUUUGCAGAAGUUGGAUGAUGACGGGCUGCCAUUUAUUGGAGCUAAACUGCAGUAUGGAGAUCCAUAUUACAGCUACCUGAACCUAAACACUGGGGAGAGCUUUGUGAUGUAUUAUAAGAGUAAAGAAAAUUGUGUUGUGGAUAACAUCAAAGUGUGCAGUAAUGACACUGGAAAUGGAAGAUUCAAGUGUGUUUGCAUCACAAUGAGAGUCCCUCGGAACCCUACUAUCGGAGAUAAAUUUGCCAGUCGGCAUGGGCAGAAGGGCAUCUUGAGCCGAUUGUGGCCAGUCGAAGACAUGCCAUUUACUGAGAGUGGGAUGGUCCCAGACAUUCUGUUCAAUCCACAUGGCUUUCCAUCCCGAAUGACCAUUGGUAUGUUAAUAGAGAGUAUGGCAGGGAAGUCUGCUGCCCUGCAUGGUCUCUGCCAUGAUGCUACACCCUUCACCUUUUCAGAGGAGAACUCGGCCUUGGAAUACUUCGGCGAAAUGUUAAAGGCUGCUGGCUACAACUUCUAUGGCACUGAGAGGUUGUACAGCGGCAUCAGUGGGCUCGAACUGGAAGCAGACAUUUUCAUAGGUGUGGUUUACUAUCAGCGCUUACGACACAUGGUCUCAGACAAAUUCCAAGUUAGAACAACAGGAGCCAGAGACAAAGUCACAAACCAGCCUAUUGGGGGGAGAAAUGUCCAGGGUGGAAUCCGUUUUGGGGAAAUGGAGCGGGAUGCUCUUUUAGCUCACGGUACAUCUUUUCUCCUUCAUGACCGCCUCUUCAACUGUUCUGAUCGAUCGGUAGCCCACGUGUGUGUGAAGUGUGGUAGUUUACUCUCACCGCUGUUGGAGAAGCCACCCCCUUCCUGGUCUGCCCUGCGCAAUAGAAAAUACAACUGCACGGUGUGUGACCGCAGCGACACGAUUGACACCGUUUCUGUGCCUUACGUUUUUCGGUAUUUUGUAGCUGAGCUGGCAGCUAUGAACAUCAAAGUGAAACUGGACGUCAUUUAACUUGAUGUGGCCUUCUGGGUUAGAGCUAUCAGGUUAAAGCAAAAUUAACUUCAGUAAAGCUGUUGCUAUGUUAUGCCAGUGUUUUGUAAAGGGUGUUAGACUUUCAGACUAACUCAAGCUCUCUAAGUCUCUGGUAUAAUAACUACUGAAGUUGAUUUUAAAAAAAUGCUCCAUUAAAAAAUAGACGACUCUAUAGGGAAAAUUGUCCUUUCCAAACCCAGCUUUCAGUACUUCACUUUCAAACAGGUAUUUGUCCAUGUAGAACAGAGUAGUCAAAUACAAAUAUGAUGCAAGCCAUGGAUGCAGUCAUAUCUUUUCCUACUGUUACAGUUAUUUUUUAACAGAUUUAUUGAAGUGUGAUUGUUAUACAGGUAACCACACAUUUAAUGUGAACAAUUACAUGGAUUUUCAUGGGCCUCUGAAACAACCAGGAUAAUAAUAAACAUCCAUCCUAUUUCCUCCGGCCCCCUUGUUUUUGCUUGUUGCAGCAAGACCACUUUUUCCUUAACAAAUUAAGUGUACAAUGCAGUUUUGUUAACUAUAGGCACAGUACUGUACAGCAGAUCUCUAGAAUUCAUUCAUUUUCCUUGUGGCCCUGGCACAGCAAUUCCCAUCUUCUCCCCUGCAGUGCUCCUGGUAACCAUUCUCUCUUUCGCUAAGCUUGACUGUUUGAUAUUACAGAUAACUCUUGUCAGUGAGUCUGUGCAGAGUAUUUCUCUGUGACUGGUCUCCUCAGGUUUUUGAAAACAUGUUGCAUGGGGCUGGAUUUCCCUUUUUAAGGUUUAAUGCUACUCCACUGUGUGUAAAUGCCAUAUUUUCUUUGCCCACUUCUCUAUUUAAUGGACAGUUAGUUUGUUGACAUCUUAGAAAUAAUAUCUGAUGUCAUGUAGCCAAAAUGUCAUUUCAACAUGUGGUGAAUAUAAAAAAUGAACUGGGCUAUAUUUUUCUAUACUAAAUCCAUAAGAUCUAGUGGAUGUGUCCUUUUUUGUAUUCAGCAUGCACCGUGUGUAUGUACUGUGUCAUUAAUGGUAACUGGGCUGUCCCAUACUGACUUUUACAGUGUUGAUAGGAGCUGCCUUGCCUACAGUUACUUGUGGAAGUGUAAGGUAUUUUUUGACGUGUAAAAGCUUUAUAAUUUUUCACUGAGUUUGGCUUUAGUGGCCUAUCACUAAUUAUGAGGCAGAUAAUUCUAGACUGAGAAAAAUAGACCAUUCAAGGUAUAUUCUGGCUUUGCUUCAUGAAACUAUUGAAAACAAAAUCUGGAAUAACACCUUGAAUCUGUUGACUGAAACUUCCCCUACUGGUUGUAGAAUCUGUUUAGACUGUCCAGACCAGCCUAUCUACCUCAUCAUCCCUUAAGUGAAAUCUAUUGUUCACAUCCCUCCAUUUUUUUUGAACAGCAUUAAAAAUGGUUAAUGAAAUAGUUAACUUUCAGCUUUAACUAAAAUUGAUAUGCUAGAUUCACAACUAAGAAAUUGACAUUGGACCAAUUCACAGAGCUUAUUUGGAUUUCCCAAUUUACAUGCACUCGUUUGUAUACGUAUGUAUAGUUCUCUUCAGUGUUAUCAGGUGGAGAUUGGUGUCACCAGUAGUAUAACCAAGAUAAAAAGCUGUUAUACCAAAAGAUGCUAUCCUUUUAGAACCAUUCCUACCUCCUUCCCCCAUUGUUAACCCCUGGCCACCACUAAUAAUUUUGUUAUUUCAAAAAUAGUAUGUAAAAUAAAAUCAUGUGACCUUUUGAGAUUGCCCUUUUCUAUUCAACCUAAUUCCCUCGAGAUUCAUCCAAGCUGUUGGAUGAAUCAGUAGUUUAUCCCAUCUUAUUGCUACAUAUAGUACUCUGUGGGGGUGUUGUUAACCUGUUUAAAGAUAUUUUGGUUGCUUGGCGUUUUGUGUUUACAUAUAAAGCUGUUCUGAACGAUCAUGGAGUUUUUGUGUAAGCACGUAUUUUCCUUUCUCUAGGACAAGUGACCACCAAUAAAAUUGCUCUGUGGUAAGGGGCGUUGCAUGUUUAGUUUUCUGGUAAGCUGCCAAACUUUACCACACUCCACUCCCACCAGCACUAUAUGAGUGAUCCAUUUCUCCUACAUCGUGACUAUCACUGCAUUUUAGCCUUUCUAAUAAGUGAAUAACUAGCGUGAUAGCUCGUGGUUUUAUUUUGCACUUCUCCGGUGGUUAGUGAUGUUGAAUAAUUUUCAGUGUACUUUCUUCUUGUCUGCAUAACCUCAGUGAAAUGUCUGUUCUUAUCUUUUGCUUGUUUUCUAAUUGGGUUGUCUGUCUUUUUACUAUUGAAUUUCAAGAUUUCAUUAUGUAUUCUUAUAAUAAUUAUAUAGUUUUAUAGUUAUAUGAAUGGCUUUUGUCAUAAAUUUCUGCAAAUAUUUUUUCCCAGCCUAUUGCUUAUCUUUUCAUUUUUAUGGAAGAACACAAAAGAAUGUAUAGUUUGAAAGAAAAAAAUCUGUGUUCAAGACUGAGUAUUAUCUCUGAAUAUACUGUUAGAACAUACAGCAAAGUGCUGUACAUAAACUGAUUUACAUUUUAUGGUUUGGUGUAUGUUAAUGAAGUAUUGGAAGAUACAUUAUUCUAUUGAGAAAAUCACAUUAUACAUCAAAUUGAAUUAUAUUUUAUUUCACUAAGAAACGUUUAGCUAACUUCAAAAACCCACACUGAUUAUUUUCACUUUUGUGGGACUGAUGGUCUCUGUUGCAACGAUUGAACCAUCCCAAAGCAGCGCUAUUAGAUAAGACCCGUGACAGGGCAUUCCCGUGUUCCAUACAAUUUCUUACAGAAACUGAAUUUGGCAUUUGGACACUUGAUUAUAGAAAUGGGUUGUAGGCAAAAUACAAAUGAAGUAUCACCUCAAAAAGAGCUGUUUUAAUGACUGAGUGAUACAAUGUCUGUGUUGUGUAUUGGCAAAGCAAAAUAGAAGGUAUUGUUAAAAGACUGAUAAACUAAAUUGAGUGCUAUGUUAGAUACUUCUGUGAGUAAACAGCAGCUGAAAUAUAUCUAUUCAAAGGAAAAUUACAUAAUCAAAUUUGAAUUAUAGGUGACUGUAACUAAGAUACACAUAAUAAGAUAUAUAUAUAAAUAUAAAAGAGCUGUGUGCAACAUGGAAUGACAGAAUAUGAAUGGGUAUAUAAAGAACAAAGAGAAACCUGUAUACAAUAUUGAGGGGUGUUAUGUCUCUUAGAAUAUAGCAGAAUAAAGGGAAACUAAACACACAGAAGUAAGGUUAUAAGCUAGUAUUUCUGUAAAUUGGAUUGUUGGGGGGAUUGUUGGGGGUACUUUAUCAAAAUUGAAACUAUUAUACACAUAACUGAAUUCUUUAUUUUAUAUCUCCAUUAAUGAAGAGUUUGUGACUGAAUAUAUUUACUGAAAAUUUAUACACAAAAUUGAAUGGUAGGAAAUACAUCCUUAUAAGUGGAAUGUUGGUAGAAAAUAAAGAAGGUGUUUCACUGAAAGGAAAACUACACAAUGCAUCUAUAUAUCUGGAAUAGAGUGUAGUUAAAAGAUAAAUGAAUAUACUCAAAGAAAGUGGUUACUGUUGAAAGAUAAAUUACUUAUCUGAAUUCAAUAUUGUUAAAGGCUGAGUGAUGGUUUUUACCUCAUCAAUAAAAGCAUGUAUCUGUAGUGUUAGAAUUUAAGCAUUUGUGCCUAUUGAAAGAUUUAGAUUUCUAUGAAUGGACUGCUGGUAGAACAGAAGUUAGUAUCUGCUGAAACACACUGCUAUGCACAACGGUAAAUGUUUUAUCUUUUAUGAACUGAAUGUAAACCCAACUGAAUAAAACCUACUCAAAUGAGAA